AGCAGCAGCAACAGCUAGCAGCAGUUAUCUCUGUCGGGGGACGAGGCGUAUUAACAUGCAAAAGUUUAGAAACACGGAUUCCUCGUCCUGAGUAGACUAAAAAGCGACGCUUGGUGACACCUGAGACGGCUAUCGACACCAUGGGGCAUAGCUGGCUUUCUCACUAGCUAGUUAUUGACGUUAUUUUGGAGCUUCAAAUGUGCGAAAAGUCGCUCGGUCUCUCUCUCGUCGUUGGAACAAGAUGGCAGCAGCAGCAGCAUCGUUGCAGGAUUUGACUGUGGUGCGGUUCCUCGUUGCUAGCCUGUUCCUUGACGCUCUGAGUGAUACAAUUUACUGGUCUUACUGAAGGUAUGGCCUCACAAGUCUUGGUUUACCCAUCACACCUGCACUCAGCUCAAACAAGUGCCUUAGGAACCAGCAGCAGCGGUACCAGCAGACACACAGGUGAAACCCACCACAGUAAUAACACCAGCAGAGCCUUCCAGCACCGACCCCCGCCCAAGACGUAUGUGAUCGGAGUCAACUACGGUAUCGCCUACCCCAACAACGUCAUCCCGUCGUCAGCCGGUGCACCGCAGGCAGCAGGAUUACAGAGCCAGGAGAGCUGGGAGAGACUAGGAGAAGGCCCAGCUGGGAUUCAAGAGCAGGAGUCUCUUUGCCAGAGCAGAGGCCCACAGGAAGUGAGGCUUCGUAGGGACAGUGGUGGAACCCCAUCAGGCAGUAGAGGAGGAGGAGGAGGAGGCGGCAGCGGUGUGGACUGCAGGCUCCUGAGGAGGACCUGUAUCAGAGCAGAGGAGGAGGCAGAGGGCAGGAGCAGAAGAGCACAGACGAGAGGGGGAUACGUUAACCUUCUAGACACAAGUGCCACCCAGAGAUGUGAAAAGAAGACAGGCGAAGGUGGAGAACAACCACAGGAGAACAGCUGCGUCAGAACCAUGCAGAUAGUGGAGGAGGUGUCUGCUCUACCUUCACUUCCUCCCCCUGUGGCCAUGUUGCAAACCAGCACCGGGAACCAUGCGGACACUGUUAGAGUAGGAGGCGGAGGGACACUGCCCGCUCAACACAACAGAGUUGAGCCAGUGACCGGGAUUGGGGCGGACGGGACCAAAGGUAGGCCUAACGGCAGCACAGAAACAGCAGCGGCGGGAGCUACGGUAACCAGAACCGGAUCAGGAGAUGGCGACUAUCAGCUAGUUCAGCACGAGGUUUUGACGUCCAUGAAGAACAGCUAUGAAGUUUUGGAGUUUCUGGGUCGGGGCACCUUCGGUCAGGUGGUGAAGUGCUGGAAGAGGGGGACGAAUGAAGUGGUGGCGGUCAAAAUACUGAAGAACCACCCAUCCUAUGCACGCCAAGGACAGAUUGAGGUGGAGAUCCUGGCACGGUUGAGCAGCGAGAACGCAGACGAGCACAACGUGGUGCGUGCCCUGGAGUGCUUUCAGCACCGCAGUCACACCUGCCUGGUGUUCGAGAUGCUGGAGCAAAACCUCUACGACUUCCUUAAACAGAACAAGUUCAGCCCACUGCCACUUAAAAUCAUCAGGCCUAUUCUGCUGCAGGUGGCAACAGCCUUAAAGAAGCUGAAGUCUCUGGGUUUGAUUCAUGCUGACCUGAAGCCUGAGAACAUCAUGCUGGUGGAUCCCUCCAGGCAGCCCUACAGAGUCAAGGUCAUUGACUUCGGCUCAGCCAGCCAUGUCUCCAAAGCCGUCUGCUCCACUUACCUGCAGUCCAGAUACUACAGGGCUCCAGAGAUUAUUUUGGGCCUGCCGUUUUGCGAGGCCAUAGACAUGUGGUCACUGGGCUGCGUGAUAGCUGAGCUCUUCUUGGGCUGGCCCCUCUACCCUGGAGCGCUGGAGUACGACCAGAUCCGGUACAUCUCACAGACUCAGGGCCUGCCCGGCGAGCACCUGCUCAACAAGGGGACCAAGACCUCUCGUUUCUUCUCCAAAGAGUCAGACUCUCCCUACGCCUCCUGGAGACUAAAAACGACAGAAGAGCACGAGAAAGAGACAGGACUCAAAUCCAAAGAAGCCAGAAAGUAUAUCUUCAGCUGUCUGCAAGACAUAGCACACGUGAACUUGGUGCUGAGUCCUGACAACAGUGACAUGCAAGCAGAGAAAGCAGACAGGAGGGAGUUUGUGUCUCUGCUAAAGAGCAUGCUGCUGAUCGACGCGGAGGAAAGAACUGUUCCCGACAGCGUCCUCAAUCACCCCUUCCUCACCAUGACUCAUCUGCUGGACUACCCGCACAGUAACCACGUGCAGUCAUCUUUCCGCAUCAUGGACAUGUGUCACAGUCGGUCAACCAACGCAGUCUUUGACGCUCUGAACCAGAACUCCAUUCAUUUCUCAAGACCUCCGGUAGCCCCCACUGUCUCCUCUGGCCUUCCUCUGGGCUACAGCAACAUCCCAGUCCACACUCAGGCUAUUACCCAGUCGGCUCCCUCAGUGUUGCAUCCUGGGAUAGCUAUAACAACUGGGAAUGGUCAGUUUGGGUGCAGCGACUCGUUCCCACCUGCUCUCCUCCUUUGUCCUCCCACCAUGCAAGGUAACCUUAAUCAACCAGCAGGGUAUUCUGUUCCCAUGGUAACUCAGGCCCCUCCCAUACAACCCUUACCAGUGAGGCCGGGUGUAAUUGCACAGCAGGCCUGGUCCAGCCGGGGCCAGCAGCUCCUCGUCCCAGCAGCCUGGCAGCAGAUGACUCCAGUGGGUCCUCCUCCCUCUCACCCGCCUCCACCACCCCCGUCCUCCCUAACCAAUGACACCACGGCCGGCCCGCAGAGGAUCAGCGACUGGGGGAAAGUGCGUCCCCACAGCAGCCAUUAUAGUUCAAUGAUGCAACAAUCUCUCCUGACCAAUCAGAUGACAGCCCUCUCUGCCCAUCAGCCAAUCAACAUCGGCAUAGCUCACGUUGUGUGGCCUCAGCCGGCCUCCAAAAGGAACAGACACAGUCACAACAGGAACCUGUCCCACCAGAGCAACAUCCACAUAUCGCAGUGUCGGACCCCAAAGAUGGUUGAUGUGGUCAGUCAGGCAGUGGCAGGAAGGGGGCAGCCACAGAGGGAGGUGCCCGUGGUAGAAAUCAGGCAACCGGAAGCUCAAAACACAGACGAGGAGGAAGAUGACGCAGAGGAGGAAGUCAGCUGCUUCAAAGAGGUGGUACCAAACGGUAUCAGACAGCUGGAGCGUUCCAGUCAACUACAGCGAGACGUGGCGGUCCUGAUGGGCGACACCCCGAGCCCCGCGCCCAGUGUGAUCAGCAUCCGUAGUGAAUUGACAGACGGAGAAGAUGAAGGGGAGGAGGAAGACCCCCGGAGGUGCCAUCUGAGCGAGUGUAAAGAGGAGUGUGUGUGUGAGGCGUGCAGAAACACCAGUGUGACCAUGGAGAGAGUGUGUUCCCUCAGCAGCCCCGACAGCAGCCUCAGCACCAGUUCCUUUGCCUCCAACUCGCUUCAGUCUAGCCCCUCUGUCUCACCUUGCAAGAGACCCAACAGCAUGUCAGAGGAUGACGGCCACGAGAGUGGCUGUGACACAGUGGAAGGCUCCCCCACGUCCGACACAUCAACCUCCCCGCACAGUAACAGUCCUUACCGUUACCUUGACAAUAGUAACCACAACAACCGCCCACCCUUGGCUGCCAUGGUACCACCACUGCCUUCCCCUGCAGUGCAGGGCAGGAGCCCCCGUGGUGUCAGGACAAUGGUGGUUCCACCAAUGAGAGUGCAGAACAACAACAAUCAAGGGAUAGAGGAGCGUUUCCACAGAACGGUCUCAGAGUCCUGGUCCCGGUCCAAAGGUCGCUGCAGCCUCAUCGGACAACAAAGCACUCCCUCUUCCGUCCCCCUCCUCCCAUCCGCCCCCCUCCUGUCCCGCCAACAAAAAUUGUCGGGGCAGCAGCAGCACCCUCUGGGUUUUGGACAGGUGCAGCCAUACGGUUCCAACCACAGCAGCAAAGAGUGGAACGGCAACUAUGGUCCGCUGCGGCCGCAUGCCUACAUCCCCCCUACUGUCCACACACACACCUUCACGCACCUGCCGCACAGCAGCCCCACGCACACGUCGGCCGCCCCGCACACACACACCCAGGGCCUGCCAACACACACCCUGCUGUCCUACCCUCCCAGCGGGCCACUCACCGCCGCCCACCACCCCCACCCCAUCCUGCCCUCUCGCCCUCCUCCUCCCCCUCUCCUCCAGCACAGCUACAGCCUCUCCCACACCCAAGGCGGCGCCAUAGUUCACCAGGUGACCCUUGGCCUCGGCACCCACCCGCACCACCCGGGGCACCCCCACAGGCUCCUCCCCUCGCCGACCAUCCACCCCCACCACCAGGCCAGUUUCGCCCACCACCCGCACCAGUUCAAGCCCCCCUUCCCGCCUCCGCCACCCCCACCUCACCCUUACAUGGCAUCGCCCGCCGCCUAUACAGGCUUCCCUCUGAGCCCCACCAAGCUCAGCCACCACCCCCAGUUCUCUUACAUCUGAGGAGCAGGAAGGGGCCGCAGCAGUACCUUCUGGUGAGGAAGGGCGACGGUAAAUGGAGCGGUGCUGCGACCUGGGCCUGUCGAACGAGCAGCAGAGCACAAAACGGACACUUGUGAUGACAAAGAAGAUGAAAGAAGAAGAAGACGAUGAUGGGAAAUGUGGUUAACAAGAGGAAGGUGAAUUAACGAUGUAUAAUAGGCGGAAUCGAGGAAGAAACCCAAAAGUAACGACGCUGAAGAUGCUGUUUUUUUUGUUUUUUUUUUCUUUCUGGUGUUACGAGGCCUCUCUUGACGCAGAGGCACAAAAAGUCGAUGAUGGUGUUUGAUUGUCGGAGUAACUCGCGCUCUGAAAGACUUUUCCUGCAAAUAUCAUGUCAACCAGCAGAGCGACGAUCCAUUUUAAAACUGCAAAGCUUUACGAGAGAGCAUCACAAGAGUGAGCCGAUUCACUGAUGAUGAUGAUGAUGAUGAUGAUGACGACGAUGAGAAAAUUGAAAAGAAGAAGAAAAGAAUGUGUCCUUUGCACAUUACCUCCUGUCAUUUUGUCGUUUGAGUAGUGUUCAGAAACGAUCUAAUUAUAGUGGCUGGAAAUCAUUUGUCGUCGUUCGCUGUCGACCCCUUUAUCUUUGUUGCCUUGUAGCACGUGCUAGCCGCUCAGAUCAGUUGUUCUUUUUUUUUUUUUUUUUUGGAAAGCCAUCCCAGUCUGUAUUAACCAGGAUCGUAAGAAAAAAACAAUGCUCCUGUCUUUGUUUGAGGCAGACUCCGCUGCUGCCCCCCCCCCCCCCCCCCCCCCUCCAGUGCCUUAAAACCAGAGUUUUAUGAUGUUAAACUUCAGGAGCUUAUAGAUUGUAACAUUUAAAAAAACGGGCUUUGCAGCACUUAACCUUCAGACUCUGAAUACGACGGGGCUUUAUUGGACGGAUACGAUGAAUUCUGCUUGUGGUUAUGUUUAAACAAAUUAUAUAUCAGCAAAUGUUGAAACUUCAGUUUGCUUUCUAACUCAGAGUAUGGAUUUAAUUUAGCUGCACAUUUUAGGGCUUUGACUGAAUGAGCUUUUUAUGUACAUAAAGAGUGAUUUGAUAUUUUGAUAAUCGAUUUCUAUUCACUAUAGUACUUAAUUCAUAACAGUAUUGUCACUGUUUACUGUAACUGCAAUACAAUCUAGAUAGCCUCUGGGUUGCUGUGUUUUUAUUUUAUUUUUUAUUUUUUUGCAUUUUAGGCUAGACCUGCAUUAAUGCUUUUAAUGUUUUAGAUUUUUUGGGAGUGGCAUAGAGUUUAAAGAGAAAAAAAGAGAUAACAGUUUGUUUUAUGUCUUUUACUUUUAAAUGCUUCUCAGUGUUUGAAAUAACCCUAUCAACUUACAGUAUCAUUGCUGGGCUAUUGAGUGUUUAUCAGUAAUUUGAAAUAUUCGUGUGAGAUGAAUCUUUUUUCUUGUCCAUGUAUUGAAGCCUGUUUCGUCAGUUUUGAUACAUUCCUUCAGGGUGGAUGAAUAGCCUUGAUAUAUUUUUUUUUUUUUGGUUUUGUGUUAUUUUUGGAUUUCUAGUGUGUGCGUGUGUGUGUGUGUGUGUGCGCGUGCGUGUGUGUGUGCGCGUAUAGUAGAGCCGCGUCUUUACCUGUCGUCAUAUCAGCUGGUAUUCUAAUCCAAUCAGCACCAAAGACUGUUCAUUAAUCAUUUCUGAAAGCACGGUCGAUACUAUUUCUCCUUUCACCUCCAGCAUACCUGUUGCAGUUAUCAACAUUGGAACAUAUAUAUAUCGAGAGAUCUCUAUUUUACAACGAGGAAAGAAAAAAAAACGACGAAAAAACUAAGGUUGAGGUUUUAUUUUUCUGAGCUAUGUUUGGCAUAUUGUAUUUGGAAUGUAUAGAUAAUAAGCUGCUAUGUACUGAUUAUCUGCCACUUCGUAGCUGUGAAUUUAGAGGAUUAAUCUCAUUAGCCUGCAGUCUCUCUUUUGUAUUGUAGUUAAAACAACUAGAUACAAUAGGAGUGGAUUUUAUUUUGAUCAUAGAGUAUAUUGAAUGCUAUUCCUAUAUGCUUGUGCCUCUGUAUAUUGGCUUUGUUGUUGUUUUUGUUUUUUUGUUUUUUGAAGUGAUUGUAAACUGCUGUAAUGGAAGUUAUGAGUUUUCUCCUUUUUUUUUUUAUUCUGUUGCUUUUUGGUGUGUGUUUUUUUUUUCCUGUGUGUGUGUGUGUGUGUGUGUGAGCAUUUAGCUUCAGUAUUUCAUCUUGAAACGUAGGCUGGGUUCACUCUUGGAUUCUGUAACUGGUGUGUUGUUGAUGUAUUAUUGUUUUUUUUUUAUUAUCCUUCUGAUGAAAUUGCUUUUUUUUUUUUUGGUGUUCCCGUCGUCGGACUGUAUUUCGCAACUCUCGUACUGUACAACUAGUGCCUUUCUUCAAACAAGCGGCUGCGUCGCAUCGAUAUCUGCGCGGCCGGGAAACGUUGUAGACUAGUUCCUUCUCGAGGGGGAUCAGCUCCUACUUUUCACAUCACGAAAACCCCAAAGUUUGUUUGUUUGUUAAGACUGAGAUGACGUCUGAAAAACAAUCUUUUUCUUUCUUUUCUUUUUUUUUUUUUUUUUUACAGUCCUAAGAAAGUACAAGUCAGGGAAUGUUUUAUCGCGCUCACCAAGAACACCGUGCAGUACUUAAAAAAACAAAAAAACAACGUAGGGCCUGAAUACACACAAAUACAAAAAGCUUUAUCCUCACGCCGUGAAUGUAUUUGUGGAACCCCGAGACAUCGCUUGGCAGAUGAGCUACACAGAGCUUUCUCUCAUUUUUUAUAACGGGGAUGUUGAUAGUUCUUCAGCUAUAAUAGCAUAGGUAGAUAUCAUCAUUGUGUUUCAGUCAGGGGUUCUUUCACACACAAAAAAAGAAAAGAAAAAGGCUUUAUCCAUCAAUCAUACUCAAAAAGUUUAGGUCCAAAGUCGCCCUAUCCUCACCUACUUUAUCGUAUUACAUUGUAAUGGUUUUUUUGCUAUGUUGCUCAAGUAACGGCUGUAAUUUAGUGUACUCAUCUUAUUAUGCUACUGUGUUGACGAGCCUUUAACGAGAGGAAGAGAGGGACGCGCUGUUCUGUUCCGCCGUGGAGUGCAGCCUAGAUUUGGAACUGAUUGAAGAGGCGUGCGCAGGUGUGUCGCCGCACAGUAAUCUGUACUUCACUUCAUGCAAAGUGUUCUGUGGUGUGAUUCCCCCCCCCCCCG